AUGGACAAGAUUAUUCGUCUGGACAAGUUUGAUAUAUCUUCUGCAGACCCUCAGGCUAGCAAGCUCUGGAGACUAUGGUACCGUAAUUUUAAUUAUUACUUAUCAACUAUUGCUUCGUUAAACCCGGACAAACUCGAAGUCCUUUAUUUAAAUAUCGGUGCUACCGUUGCUGAUGUUAUCGAGGGUUGUUCUGGAUUUGAACAUGCUGUUGAAUUGCUGAGAAGUGUUUAUGACAAGUCUCCAAGUAUUAUUCACGCUAGACAUUUGUUGUCUACGUCUGCAGCAGGAAAAAAAGAGUCUGUAGACCAAUACCUUCAGGCCUUGAAUCGACUUGCUGCUGACUGUUGCUUCCAAGAUGUUACUGCUACUACUUACAGGGAUGAAUUUGUCCGUGAUGCAUUUAUACGGUGGUCUCGGUCCCUCGUAAUACGUGCCAGACUGCUUGAAAAUGAUACGCUAACUCUCAAGGAGGCUACUCAAUGUGCUAGAGCCUUAGAACAGGCUCACUUUCGUGCUGAGUCAUACACUCCUCAGAUUGGAUCAACUGCUGCUACUACCACUAGGACUAAAAAUGUGGUUACUGAUUCUGCCGAGGAGGCCACUUCCACUACUACUACUAAAAAAAUGCUUUCAGACUUAACUGAUUCUCGUACGGAGUGUGACUCUGUACAAUUGUCUGCUGCCUUUGCUCGUGGCAAGUGCUACAACUGUGGAGGAAAACGUCAUUUUAAGGAUAAUCGUCGCUAUUGUCCUGCCCAGGCUUAUAAUGUAACAGUGUGUAAUUUGAAACCUGUGUUAGUCUGGCGCGUGGUACUCUGGCUUUCUGCCUCCUGCUUCUUUCUGCUCUCUUCUCUCUCUCUCUCUCUCUCUCUCUCUCUCUCUCUCUAUCUCUUUCUCUGA